GCUGACCGACUUUUGACGAUGUUCUUCUUAAGCCGGAUGAGUAUGGCUUGCCCCACCUAGCGGAGAUUUUUGUAAUUGAAAACAUUGAAUUUUGAAGAAUUGUCGAAAAAAAAUGAACAAUUUAACCACACAGCAACCACGACUACCAAACCCUCAACAACAGGCCAGUGUGCCAUUAGCAAUACCACAAGUAGACAGAGAUCGUAUAUAUCAAUGGAUUAAUGAAUUAACAAGUCCAGACACUAGAGAAAAUGCAUUAUUAGAAUUAAGUAAAAAAAGAGAAGUUGUCCCUGACUUGGCACCUAUGUUAUGGCAUUCAUUUGGUACAAUUGCUGCUUUGUUACAAGAAAUAGUCAAUAUUUAUCCUGCUAUUAAUCCACCAAAUCUAACUGCUUCUCAGUCCAAUCGAGUAUGUAAUGCAUUAGCAUUAUUACAAUGUGUAGCAUCACAUCCAGAAACCAGAUCAACAUUCUUACAAGCUCAUAUUCCAUUAUUUUUAUAUCCGUUCCUACAUACUGUUAGUAAAACCCGACCUUUUGAAUAUUUACGAUUAACUAGUCUAGGAGUUAUUGGUGCUUUAGUCAAAACAGAUGAACAAGAAGUCAUUAAUUUUCUCCUUAAUACAGAAAUCAUUCCUCUAUGUCUCAGAAUAAUGGAAGCAGGCACUGAAUUAUCAAAAACGGUAGCCACAUUUAUAUUACAAAAGAUAUUAUUGGAUGAAACAGGACUAUCAUAUAUCUGUCUCACAUAUGAAAGAUUCUCACAUGUAGCUAUGAUAUUGGGUAAAAUGGUUUUACAUUUAUCUAAAGAACCAUCAGCUAGAUUAUUAAAACAUGUAGUUAGAUGUUAUCUUAGAUUAUCAGAUAAUUCCAGGGCUCGAGAAGCAUUACAACAAUGUCUUCCAGAUCAGCUGAAGGAUAGCACCUUUGCUAACUGUCUCAAAGAUGAUACAUCUACUAAACGGUGGCUGCUGCAAUUACAACAAAACCUCGACACACCCGGUGGUCCCGACCCUAGAGGCAUGCCUCCUUUACAUCAACAAUAACAUAAGUCAUGUUGAUAUAAAUCGAAGAAUAGCGUAAAUCUAAAUUAGUCCUAUAUGUUAUGAGAGCAAAUAAAGAAACUUGGUGUAAGAUGUUAUAUAUCAGGGAGCAGGGUUUCAGACUGCAUAUUUACCAAUCCGUAUUGAGAUUAGACCUCAAUAAUAAAUAUGGGUUGAUUUUAUACCCAUGACACAUCCAAAUUGCGACAUGGUAUUUCACACUUUUAAUGGAAAAAUUAACUUACUAGUAUUGCAGUUGAAUGUAUACAUUGUUGAAAAAGGUUCCUGCAUUUAUAUAAGAGUGUUUAUAUAAAAUUGAAGAUUGGCUGUAUUAACCUGUGCCGUUUCCAUUAUUAAUAAUUGUGCUAAUCAAAAUUAUAAGAACCUUGUUAAACAGUUUUAUUGGCUUUCUCUGAUCAUGAUGAGAGCUCAUACUAUUAAAGCUUGAGUAUUUGUGUUAGCCAUAUUUAAAGUUACAUGCAUGUAAAAUUUUAAAUAUAAUAUGUAUUUGUUAAAUUUGAAGAUAGGUAAUACUGACAUUUAUUAUUCUGUUUGUGAGAGGGGUUUGGAUCUUUUGACUAAUAAUAUAAAUUGUUACUUGAAGAAUUUGUGAAAAGUGGUCAAUAUUUUAAUCUCAAUCUUUAGUGACAAAAGGUUGCAUGUUGGUUCAUUUGGGUUUUGUUUUUUGCAAAAGCUGUGAAUCCAUUGUUUGAACAAAAUAUGUACAAUAUUUAUAACAUACUGAUUACCAAGAAGCUCUAACAGAAUAUUCUCUUUUUGUUUUAAAGAUAAUGCAAAAACUGCUGAAAAGUAUUACAUAUUUUUUUACGUAUUUUAAAAUAAAUAGGAGAGAAAUUAAGCAAUUUGGAUGAAAUAUAAUUGCUAUUAAAAGAAUCUUAUUUAUGUAUGAAUAGUUUAAGCAUGUGGCUUAAGAUCUUGUGUGUAUAAUGUCUGACAUUUUAAUUUGUUACUCAGAACAUUUUAAAUUGUUUGUAUAAAUUGUUAUAUGUAGGAAUGUUCUGUUUUUUUUACCAGUAUUAAAAAAAGAAAAUCCUCAAAAAAUAGAUAAUUCACAGGCCAUUAAAACUACUUAUUUAGUUUUCUUUUUGAAGUUUGCUUUGAUUCUGUCAUCUAGUUUGGCUUAUCAAAUUGGAUAUCACCGGUGAUUGUUUUAAAAGCAUUACUGGAGAAACAUACAUGUAUAGCCGCUUUGGAAACUUAUAAACAAGAAAGCUUAAAUAUUAUUGUGGUAUUUGGGAUAUCGCGUCUUCAGUUUGAAAUAAGAGAUGUCAAAUGUGACCGGCAGUAAGAGUUCUAUGUUCAGAACUUUCAUUGUAUAUGUAGGUGAGAAAUUUCAGAAAGAAGACUUAUUUAUAGAAGUAGAAGGUAAUAGGCUCCGGUGAAAAACAAACAAUCCUAAAAAGAAUGAAAAAUAUACUGGUGUAAGGAUUUUAAUGAAACUAUGUCGGUCAUGACAGUUAGAUAAUAAAGGUUUGUUUAAUCACUGUCAUGGUGGCUAUUUUAAACAUGAUAUGUGUAAUUAACUGAAAGUUAAUCGGUUAUAAAUUAUUAUCAAUGUUUUUAAAAAUGUUAUGAAUAUGUCUUUUAUUAUUAUAAGUGCUUUAUCAGUGCUAGUAUUUGUAAGCAAUAUAGAUUGUCUGAUGCAUUUGUAUUUUUUGUAAAUAAAUAAAAUCAGUUAU